AUGUCCAUUUUGGUUAACGGGAGUGCAACAAAAGAGUUUAAGGUGCAUAAAGGUUUAAGACAAGGUGAUCCGUUGUCUCCGUUUCUCUUCGUUCUAGCUAUGGAGGGAUUAACCGCUCUUGUUAGAAAAUCGGUUGAGGUGGGAGAUUUUCAACCUUUCAAUUUAUGGUUGGGUGAUCAAACUCUUCGCGAGCAAUUUCUGGAAUUGUUUGAUAUAUCAACCAUCAAAAACUGUGCGGUUGCGGAUUUAUUGGUUUGGAUUGACGGAGAACCUUCUUGGGAGCUGGAGAGGCUGUUCAGCCGUGGCAUCACCUCGGGCUCAGCCGCUACGGCAGUGUUGCUGCUGCCUUGCUGGAAUCGGUUGCGGGAAGCAGUGGAAAUGGUGAGGUUUAAUGAGUUUGAAAUCAAUUGCUUUAUGAGGAGAGCAAAUAUGGAAAAUGUAUUUUCGGUAGGUAGCAUUUCUAACAUUGUCAAAGAUUAUAAAUCCUUUGCUUGGGCAACAAACAUAAUUAAUUUGCUAAAGGUUAUGUGGGAUCUUAGAAUUCCUCCCAAGUUGAAAGUGUUUGCAUGGAGAUUUUUUGUUGAAAGAAUUCCUUCCAAAGACCUUUUGUUGAAAAAGGGAGUUUCUAGCUUGGACAAUAUGGAUUGUUUUUUUUUGUGGCAAUUUUCUGGAGAAUGUCUCUCCUCUCUUUUUUAA